AUGCCAAUAUCAGCGCCCAAAAUUCCGGACGGUCUACCCGAGCUGAUGCGUGGAUUGGCAAAGAGUGUGAUAAAGGAAAAUCCGGAAAAUCUGUACGUUCAUGCGGCAGAAUAUUUUGAAAAUUUGAUCCGUGAGCGUGAUGGUCACCUGGACCAAGGCUACCAAACGUUCAAUGCGUAUCAGGUGUACGCGGACUACAAGGAAAAGACCCGCGAAAAGCUAGGCUUGACAAAAGACCCUUCGCUUAGUGACGGUAUCGGUGGCGAUGGUGAUGAAAGUGGCAGUGGAGGUAGUGAAUCCAAGAUACGGGGUCGUAAGCGACGUCGCGCGCGUAAACCGUCGUCGAGAGAGAGGGAAAAUCCGGUUACGAUGGUGGGUAACCCGUCAGUUAGUGAUGAAGGAGAGCCUCAAAAAUUGAAAUCCCUAUCCGACGAUAGCGCGCCCGUACCGGUUGUAGAGCAGGAGAUUGUGAAGGUACAUUACAAUCCACCAGAGGCAGUCCCGUCACCAGUACGGGUAGUAAGUGCACAAUCGGUCGAAGCGGAACAAGCCGUUUCCAGCAUUUUGGACGAUGGGUUGAUACUAAAUUCAGAUGGUAAUGAUGGAAAAGAAACGGGUGACGAGUUGGCCGAUAAUGGGGACGAUAUAGGAACGGCACCUAGUACUGCGGAAAUUACUGAACGUACGGUGGCUGUCGAUGUAGAAUCUAGUGCGGCGGUGGCCUUGCAAGAUAUGGAAACGUGUUUCAUGCAUGCAAAUGUUGAUGAUUUAUUGGAAAAACACACGGAAGAUCAACCCGAACUCGAAGCGAAUGACGUGGGCGUAACGGCUGGGAAUGAAACGACUGUUCUCAGUGCACUUGAAGGAGAAGAUAUUCCAGAGGGCCCACAGAUCCUAGGGGAGACUGAUACUGAUGUGCCUGAGGUAGAUCAAACGCCAGAAAUAGAGAAACCGGAGGAAAACAAUAACGAAAAUCAAUUGCAGAAAGUGUCUGAGGAGCAGUUGCAAAUUGAAGUUGAAGAAAUUAUUUCUUCGUCGCCGAUAGUUGUGCAAAGUGUCGUCGAAGCUCUUGUUGAAGAGAUAGAAACCAAAGAAACGGAGGACCAGGCUAAUGCACAGCCCGCAAAGGAUGCAGAAGAAGCCGUUAGUUCUAGUAAUGAACCAGCAGUUGAAGAAAUUGUAGAAGCAAGUGUAGAUCAAUCAAAACUUGAAACCGAUAAUCUAAGCGAUGGAAAAGAUAUGCCUGCGAAUGUUGUUUCCAAUACUAAGGUAGAUGAAGGAAAUGGUGAAGAUCCGAUUGUUUCCGCUGAAAUAACAAGCGCUGACGAACAAGUCCCAUCCUCUCCUAACAACAGUGCAGUACAAGAGCAUGUACCCAGUGAACCGGCUAGUAAUGAAGUGGAAACGCUAUUGGGAAAGGAAAAUGAACAGUCCGUUGUUGAAAUACCUGAAGAUGCAUCCCCUAUUUCGAGCAGAAUGGGAUUUGAACAGGAUGAAUCUGUCGGAAAUGACGAUAGUGAGAAUGCAUUGCUUGCUCCAGUUGAUACUGAAAGUUCGCUACCAAGUGCGGCUGAUCCGAAAGUACAGGAGGCUAUGAAGACCGAAGAAUUAAAUAUAACAGACCAACCGAAUGACAUUGAACUAAACGAUAAAUGUGUAAAAGAUGAAGCCAAUGAAAUUUUAAACCAGAUUGAUGAUAUCGUUCCCAACUCACCCGUUAAUGAAGAUUCAUUGAAUGAUAAUGAUAUAAUAGCUAAGGAUGCUAAAGACCAACCAUCGGAGGUCGCACCAUCUGAAUCCAUCUCCAUUGCAGAGCAAAUGGAAGAAAAGACAAAACCUGCACAAGAAGAUAGUUCCAAUGCAGAAGACAUAAAAGAUGACAAAGUUAAAAAAGAAGACGAAGCAAGUGAACCACAAAAUGAUAAUGAAACAUCCAAUGCAUCCAAUAUUACAACAGAACCAAUUAGUAACGAUGUAACAGUGGAAACAACUAAAGAAAAUAUUGAUUUUGUUGAACCUGCGGGCAUAUCGGAAGAAACCGUUCUUACGGAUACAAGAAGUAAUGAACUGUCUACUGAUCGGAUAGUUAAUCCUCAAGUUGAUGAUCGAGACGAAGAGCCACAAGAAGAAAUUCUAGAAUCAAACGCUGGUAUGAACGAUGAUUUAAAAUCCCAGAAUGUGGACAAAAACGAAAAAUCUGAUCCACAAAGCAACGACAAUGAGGUAAAUGAAAAGCAUAAUGAAACAGAUCAAAAUGAUUUGCUAACAAAGGAUCAAUCUCUUGAAGAUGUAGCUCACGUUGUGGAGGUAAUAACCAACUCAGCAAAUGAUGCCGUAAUUACGAGCGCUGACUUAAUUGCUGAAGAAAGUGUUCCCAUUAUUCCAGUGGAUCCUGCUGAAGAUAGUUUGAGUACAAACACUGAGCAGGGACAUGAAGAUAACAUUCAGCCAAACGUGGUUCCUGUCACAGAACAAGACGGCGGAGUGGUUCAAAAGAAUGGAAUGCACCACAAGGAAUUCGAAGAAGUGAAAGUUGAAGAUGAUUCUAAAAUUGGUGAAUAUCCGGAAGCAAUUGAACCAACGGUCCAAGGUAUAAGUACAGAUGCAGAUCCCACGUUAGAAAAUGUGGUGAUGGACGAAAUGCAGAAACUACUGCAAGAUGAUAAAAAUGAUACGGCAUGUCCUAAGGGCACACUCGAUGGCGAUAACGAUUCUGGUAACUUCAACAAAGGUGUAGCAGAUACAUUGGAUGAUGUAAAUGAAGUAGACGAAAAGGACGCAAUUCUAGCAAGUGCCCCGAUAGACGAAAGAUCCGGAGAUAUUGCAGAUAUUCCAUCCGAAACGAAUCUCGAAGGAAGUUUAGAAAAGCCUGUACUUGAAAACGACGAAUUAUCCGACCUGAGUCAAUCGGUAAUCAAACAAUCGUCAAGUGAUAGUGCGAUUGAACCGAAAAACGAGACAUUAGUUGAUCCGGUUGAUCCUUCGGCAUUGGCUGAUGAGGAGCCGAAGCAGAAAGAAAGUCUGGAAGAAGUAGUUGAAGAGCCGUGUGUAAAGCGUGAAAUAUCGCCCUCGAAGUCAGUUCGUCUCGAAAAGGAUGAUAGCAGUGAGAAGCAAGUUGAAGAGCUGGAAGAGAUAAAAAAAGUCGAUUUGAGUCAGCUGAGCAAGGAUUCGGCUGAAGCUUUAUUUUAUACACUGAAGAAAAGUGAACUUGAAAAUCAGGAACCUGAAAAAGACACUGUGGGUAAUGAAGAGGAGAGUCCUAAGGUUAUGGUAGGUACCCAACAACAAACGACCGAAGACGAUGAUCAAGACGUAGUGGUAAAGGAAGAGCCAGAACCGAUUCCGGAAGCUGAACGCACAAAAAGAACGUUUACUGAUGAUUUUUUAGAUGAAAACCCCAUCACUGAACCUCCGACCACGGUCGCGAUGCCAAGUGAUGGGGGUGGACAGGACGAUCCUCUGUCGAUCGGUCAGGACCGUGCAUCACUAGAUGCGGAAGAGCAGAAGGAUGAGUUCAAUCCUAUGGUCAUGGUAUCGAUGCGUUCAAAACAGUACCAAGAACAGCUACACAGCGGCGGAGUGGCGGAGAAGGUCGAUCCAGAGGUUCAGAACGAGGGAACACCGAAGCGCCCGAUGAUGCGAAGAUGUAUGACCGAAAUGUCGGGACUACAGCGAUAUGAUGCAGCGAUGGAAGACGAGCUCGUCGAUACCCGUCCGGAGGAUCCGAGCUACGUUGAGGAGGAAGAUCAAUUCGAUGGGUAUUACAUAGGCCAUAUAAAAAAUAAAAUUCUUGCCUCAUCCGUAUCGGUAGCAGAUUCAGAUUGUCCCGAUGGAACACGCUCCUCCGUUGAGUCUGUUGACGAGAAUAACGUGAGAACGGCACUGGAAACGAUUGCUUCUACAGACACGGAGUCAACAAUCGCUUCGCAGGCCACCAUUCAGCAGGCAGGACCACGAAGCUACCUGAGAAAGCAUUCCCAGAACACGUCCUCCAACAUACCGUACGCAUCAUUCGGCAAUGCCGCUAUCGAUCAAUCGUUGGACGAGUUCAUAGAGCGUGAGGAGCAACACAAGCAGGAUGAAGCGAUGGCCGAAGCGGCCACCAAGAUCCAACGAUCUUACCGGACGCAUAAGAAAAAACUUCUGCGUGAUUAUCACAGCACGAUGCGCACCUUCACCGAGGACCACUCCGCGGAAAGUGGCGAAGAGUAUGCCGCUAACGUGAUCCAGAUCAAGUUGGAUCAGCGGCGCACUGAGGCAGACCCAACAGCGGGUGACGGUGGCGAGGAAAGCGACACAACGACGGGUGGGAAAGUUGGUUUGGGGGCAACCGGGAAACGGCCGAUGUACAGCUUGAACAUUGACGAGUACGACACGGUGGCACGGCGGAUGACACUAACCCGUGGUGUGGCAAUGCAGCGAAACUCGACCCCGGAUGAUGACUCAGGCAAGUCGGCUAACGUGUCGACCGAUCGAAGGCCUUCGUUAAACAGUCCUAUUGUUAAGGAUUCGAUGCCGGCUAGUGAAUCCGGCGAACGCCCUUCGUCGGAUGAAAAACCGGCGGGACCCGAUACAACCGAUAGAAGCUCGAGUGACGAACCGGAACAGAAGGCCGCUCACAGCUCAUCACGAUCAAAACCGAAAAGUAGCCCACCGGUUGCUGUAAACGGGCCUGAACAGGUGCCCAGAACGGUCACCAGUCGGACUACAUUCGCACCGCUGGACGUGCAGAAUCUGCUGCUGAUUGCGCGGCAGCGCACGAUGCCAGUACAGAUCGAUUCAUCCGUCAUCCGGGUACUUCCGAAGCAUAUGCGCAAACGGAUCAGCAGCGCGGGCAUGCUGAACACCAACGGCAAGCGAAAAUAG